AUGACCCCUGACCAGGGUGAUGCCAGCAGGAGCCUGACUGACAAAACGAGGGUCAGGGGACAUGGGGUGUCAAGCUCUAAAAAUAUAACCUUUCAGUGUCUCUUGGAGAAAAGCACAGCUGCACCACAGCAGGAAGAGAAGCAGAGGAAAGGAAAACAAUUGUCACCUGUUGAAAUGCAUUUCCAGAUCCAGGAUGGACCCUCUACACUCUGGGGUGGUGGCCAUGCGGAGACCAGGCUGGAGCAGCCUGCUGUAGUCGUGGCACGUGAGAAAAGCUCAGCCUCCCUGCUGUGCACAGCCAAUGUCAAGGCCAGCUAUAUCCACUGGUACCGCUACCAGGAAGGAAAAGGGCUCCAGAGGCUCCUCCACCUGGCCAUGUUCCAAUCAGAUGUGCAGUGGGAUUCGGUCCUGGAAGCAGACAAAGUCACCGCCAUAGAGACCAAGGAUGGCUACAGCUGUACCCUGUUGGUGCUGAAGCUGGAGAAGAGUGAUGAGGGCAUGUACUACUGUGCUGCCUGGAGAGCACACAGCCACUCACUCUGCCCUGGUCCCCCAUGCAAAAAGGUCACUGACUCCGGGCCCUUCAGGCCUGGCACCUUCCACAGCGUUUGGGUUUCUGGAGUUGUUCUGGGGUCAGCCCUCAGCAACCAGACUCUGGCGGGCACCCCCUCAGCAGGUAGAGCCCUGGAGGCUAAGGAGCCCCUGGUGCUCAGUGUCGCUCAGACCCAGGGAGCUGUCCAGCCUGGAGGGACUUUUCUACAGAUUGUCAGGAGCAAAUACUUCUGAAGUAUUUGGAACAGAAACUGUGCUGCUCAGUGUAGUAGCCACUAGCCACUAG